AUGAAUAAAGUUCCAAAAAUACAUUCUUUUUUAAUAUUGUUUUUAAUCGACAAUUCCACGAAACAUUUUUAUUCUUUCCAACAUUAUUUUCUCUUUCUUUCUCUCUUUUCCUUUCUUUCUUUUCUUUCUUUCUUUCUUUCUUUCUUUCUUUCUCAUUCAUUCAUUCCGUUUUUUUCUUUCUUUCUUUUUCUCUUUUCUUUUCCAUGUUUUUUGUUUUCUGCUUUCUUCCCACUCUUUUUUCUCUUUCUUUUUCAUUCAUUCAUCAUUUCUUUUUAUCUUUUCUUCUUUGCUCUCCCGUGCGAACCGUUACUCCUGGCUUGGCACCUUUCUUCUUUUGAAAGUUGCAAGUCCUGGUCACAUGCAGGAUUAGAAUUUAGCGAGUUUUUAACAGUCCGUGAGUCUUUUCUGUCCCUGGGUCUGUCCGUCAAUCUCUCCCUCUCUCUGUUCAGUCGACGAAAAAGAAUGUCUCUCUUUUUUCGCUCACUCCUCUCCUCUCCUCUCUCAGUCAGUCUCUCUCUCUCUCUCUCUAUCAGUAAGAGUUCCUCCUCAAUGCUAGAAGUGCUUCAGAUGCUCUUUUCCCAGUUAUUCCUUUCACUCAAUAUCUUUUUCCUUUUCGUGUUAAUGUCGAUUUUCUCUAUAUCCUUUCUUUUCCUCUUACUUUGUCUUUUUUUGGAUUUUUGUCUCAGGAGCUUUCCGAGGAAUGGACACAUCAAAUCUAUCUAUCUAUCUAUCUAUCUAUCUAUCUAUCUCUUGUAA